AGUGAUUCGGGUGACACGAAAGUUGAAAAGUAUGAGUCGAAAAAAGGAGAAAGGCGUGAACGAAUAGUGCCUAACAAAGAAAGAGAGCAACAGAACUUCUCCAAGAGUGAUUUGGGUGACACGAAAGUUGAAAAGAGACGUGAAACAGAAAUCUAUCGUGAUGGUCGUCACAGACAGGAUGAUAGACGACCCCGUCCGCGUGAUGAGACGCGUCGUGAACAACCAAAAAGAAAUGACGAACGCAAAGCUCCUGUCAAAUCAGGUGCCGAAAAUUGGGACAGUGAAAUAAACUCUAGAGCAGAAGAACGAAAGGAUGUGCAAAGAGAAAAUCGUGAUGCGACCCGGCAAUCUGAUAGGACACAGGAUCAUACUGAUCGGCGUAAUAAUUCAUAUUCCCGCGAUCGGAAAGACCAGCGCGACCAACGAGACCAAGACAAACCCGACCAACGUAAUAGAAAUGAACGUAAUCGAACGGAUCAACGUGAGCGAACAGAUCGUCGGGAUCGUACGGAUCAACGUGAGCGUAUGGAUCGUCGAGAUCGCACGGAGCAACGGGAGGGAAAUGAUCGUCGCGAGAAUACGGAUCGUCGUGAUCGCACAGAACAACGUGAGCGUGUAGAUCGGCGGUAUCGCACAGAACAAAGUGAUCGGCGAGAUCGCACAGAUCAACGAGAACGUAUAGAUCGUCGUGAUCGUACAGAACAAAGUGACCGAACAGAUCGGCGUGAUAAAAUCAAGCCAGUAAGUAAUGAAAAACUAGAGUCGAACGUUGAUAAGCCACGUAAACCUGGUGUCAAAGGAGAAGAACAAAAUAAAGAUAUUCAUCCGAAUGAAUCUAUUCCUCAAAAACAAGAUGCUAAUAGAGAGAGUGAAAGAACUGAGAAGCAAGAUGAGUAUCUUUCUUCCAUGAAAAAACAAUCUGAUAGAUUUACUGUAGGUACAUUAAGCCCUGGGGGAGAUCGCCGACGGUACAACGAAACUCGUCGCGGUGAUGCGUCUUCAAGACGUGGUAGUCAUGGUGGAACACGCGGGAUGCGUGGUCGUGGUCGUGGACGUGUGAUAAGUAGUGGAAAACCCAUAGGAAAAGGUAGUGCAGCAUCAAAGAAUGAUGAUGAAAAUGAUUCCGAAGAUUACCACAGUGCUCAUUCAUCUGUUGAUUCUGACGAGUCGGAUUCAGAAGAAGUGUUUGAUAAGCAAGAUGACGGACGAAGAGAUGACAAGAGGCCAACUCGAUCGUAUUAUUCGAGUAGUCGAUCAAGAGGGUCCUAUAGUUCUCGCGGAAGGGGAAGAGGGAGUUCACAGAUAACCCGUAGCCCACGGAAACAGCCAGAGAAACCGCCACGUUUUCAAAGACAAGAAGCAAGAAGUGCUAGCAGAGGUCGAGGAAAGAGUAACCGAGGAGGAUUUUCUUCCAAAGAUAACUGGGAUGAGAACAUUUCAAAGAAUAGAGAUAGCAGGAACUCCGAUGAAGGACCUUUGCCCAAAAAGCGUCCGCCGGAUACAUCGUAUUCAAACGAAAAGGACUCCGAUGGUAGUUAUAGAGGACGUAAGGCGGUUCGUGGUGGUCAUUCUGGCAAUAAGAAUUCUUUUUUAGCCAAAAAGCAGCAGGAAGUAGUUGAAGGUUCUUCGAGGAAAGGGGGUGGACGUUUUGGCGCUAAGUCGACCAUUCCUGCUGCUUUGACAACACACGGUCGUCGCGCAAAGAACGAACCUGCGCCAGCAGACGGUGAUGAUAACCUGGAACCUCCUAAGAAGAACCCAAGGCGUACUGAACCGCAAAAGGUGGGCAUCGAACAUAUCGAUAUGAGUAACAUUGCUGGCUUCAUUGAUAUUGAUGAUAUUGCACAGCCUGCUAGUGAAUUUGAACCUGCCUCACCCCAAAGUGAUUUUGUUGAAGUGAAAUCAAAGAGAACGCAAAAAGAACAGAGGGAAAGAGCCCGUGAAGAAGAAGAACGAAAGCGACGCGAAUUAGAAAAAAUGAUGCAGGAUGCAAUGCUAAAACCCAAAACAAAUAAAUCUUCCUUGCAAAACAAGCAGCACUCGACAUCCAAACCACCUAGAUUUGCAAGAAACACGGGAGUACCGUCGAAUGUGGUUUCAACUCUACCUGAAGGAAAUACACUACCAAGCAGUGUUACUCCUGUAGCUAUCCCCGAGAAUAAUACAAUUACUGCUCUGGCUUCAGCAAACGUGGAACAAAAACGUGUUUCUCCAUUGAUGUUAGAGAAACCAAGCUCUCCACCACCACCUCCAAUGUUUAAUGCUUGGACCAAGCCACUUUCUAUCACGCCUGCAAAACCUCCCAAUGAAGCAUCGGCAGAAUUACCAAGAAUAACCCAGCCAGAUCCAUUGGCAGUUGGAAGCGGGAAGCCCCAACGGGCUAGUGGUGCUCAGCCGAAAGCAGAAGAGCCGGGACUGCAAAUACAAGUAACUUUGCCGGCUACUUUUCAACUGGCUGGACAACGGGACAUUGGUUCUCAGAAUUCUGAAUCUCGAAUGUUCUCUAGAGUUGACGAAACAGAUGGGGGUGAACCUAAUGUUAACAGUCCACUGAAGAAAACAAGCGAUGAAAAUAUUGCAGAACAAACGGAGAGUAAAAAACCAGAUGGCAUACAAUCAACAGGAUCCAAUACACAAAAAGAAGAAAGCAAGAUGAAUGCACACAAUGUUAAAACAACUGAGUCCAGUGUUAGCAAUAAGAAUUCCGAAAACAACAAACGUCAACCCACUGGCAACAAUUGGAAGUCUUCACGUCCUCCAAGAUUUGAGAAGAGUGUUCCGGGAAAACGCAACACGGAUGGUAGGAGACUUAAGGCUGAUACCAAAGACAACGGCGAACCAAAGUCACAACCCGAUACGGAUAAACCUAAAGAGGUAAGAACCUUGGCAUUUAUUGGACUGUUUAGAUAUUAAUUCCACUUUUUAAUAAACAGUUGACUUUGGUCCAUAAGCGUUCCGAAGUUUUCUUUAUCCACAAAGAAAUUUCGAUAAAAUUUUUUGUUGGAACGCAAACUUGUUCUCCUCGGAACAAUUGUAUAGGGUAGAGUGUAUAAAAAAGGUAACCCGUAUUUAGCGUGCUUCUGUGAUUUUAUUAUUGGGUGUAUAGAUUUAAUUUUUUCAUAUUAGUAAAGAUUGGGUUUAAUCUGUUGAAUGACACAAUUUUUGUAUCAUUCCAAGCAAAAAUGAACAAAUGGUCGAAAUCACAUUUUCCCACAUUUUAACGCUCGUGAACAUACUAAAACUGGAUUACCUUUUUUAUGCACCUUGUGUAAGUAUGUAGUUAAGUUAGCUAUAAAUGAUAUUACAGUGGCGGCACUUUGCGAAGCAUUGGGAGAGGGGGGGGGGCGAUUUAAGUUGCCACCACAAUCCACAUUACCAGCAUUUGUUGCAAAUCUCAGUUCUUUAAACUUGUUGCCGCUUGGCCAUUGCUUUCUUGGUUGUAAAAGUAUUGUUACAGCUUGGUUGGCCCCAGUGUCCGCCAUUGCUUCAUAAGUUUAUGAAUAAUUUAUGAAACUAAUAAUAUUAAUAAAUUUUUAGAAGAAUGAUGGCAGACCACGCAGUGCUUCUCGUCCCCGAGAUGUAAACAAAACACAGAAAGCAAAACCUCAGGUUAAGAAUGCAAAGUCACACAACUCUGAUGAAAACAGAGACCCAAACAUCGAAAGAAAUUCACAGGUAUAUAUGAUGUUGCCUGGUUUCCUCCUGCAGCAACACUGCACCAAUAAGAGUAUUUUUUCUUAAAUGCAGGUGGAUGGAAGUUAAAGAGGGCGUGACAUGCGGCUUUUCAUUUGAUUGGUCUGUCAGACAAAGAAAUGAUGCUAGUAGUCACGAUAUACUGAGCAGUUUAAUUAAUUAAAAUACAUUAUGCACAAACGUUAACACAUGAUUAAAAUUUUAACAAUAGCUGUUAUCGUAAUUGAAUACGCCGCUGCGGCGAACCAGCGGUAUCUCAAUGGAAGUACGCACGAAAACGAGGCUAAAGGGUCAAAAAACACAAAGCAUGACCCUAUAGCCUCGUCUCCAUGUCAAAAUAAUGCAGAUACCGCUGGUCCGUAGCAUAGACGUAUUCAAUUACAAUAACAGCUAUUACAUUUUAACUUCCAGGACAAAACUGAAAAUGAAGAACGACAGCAGAAUAUGAAUAAACGUGACUCCGUUGACGAGCUUGAUGUUCAGUCGAUGAGCGAAUCUCUUCUCGAUGAAACGCCACUUGGUGUUCAUAAUAUAGUGGAAACGUCAAAAGCAGGAUCUGGAAAUGCAUCUAUGGUCAAGAUCAAAACUGAGGAUGAUAUUAAAAUGGACUUCGAAAUGCUAGAAAAAAUGGAAGCGGCUAAAAAAGCAUGGGAUGACAGUGUCUCAUCUUGCCCUAUACAGACAUCCCAGUGGAAUGCAUUAGUAACGAAUGAUGAAAAUACCGAGUCAGCGAAGGUUUCGGUUGUGGAUCAAAUCCCCAUACCCGCACCUGAACCUGAGGAAAGCUCUGAACCUCUUGUUACAACGCCCAGAUUAAAGAAGCCAAUAGCCGGUGAACAACAAAAUGUUUGUAAAGUAAAACCACAACAGCAGCAACAACCUGUAAAACCUCAACCUGUUCCUUCUGAAGUACCCGAGGAAUACCCGACUGCGACUACAAGACCCGUGUUAGACAGUCCAGCGCAAGCUAGUUACACCGUACAACCACAUCAAGCGGCUAUCUUCACCUCAAAACCAGCACCUCAAGGGUUUACAUAUUCCUUUGAGCAACAAACACUUGUCCCAAUUAGCCAUCAGUAUGUCCAAACAGAUAUGUCGAGCAUACAGCGACAUCACGUUUCACCUGUGCGACCACAGACACUACAUGCCGCCUCACAAUCACCCCCACAACGUGCGGCAACCUACCCACAGGGACAAUCUGUCAGUACACCAUCACAACUCUCCCAUCAACCUUUAAUACAAGAUAGCUAUCGCGCAUUGAUACAACCAACUGCCUUGUAUUCGACAAAUACAUAUGCAGGCAAUCAGUAUUUCCCUAUAUCAGUUGUAAGACCUGCAGCCCAACCCCAAUUUCCGGCAACGAUGAGCGAAGAUAUCAGCAAUUCCAUGUACACUGUGCAAGCUCCAAAAUCUCAAAAUCAAAGCCAUGGUUAUGAGGCUGCAGUUACAACAACCCAACAAGUUUUCUUACCAGUUGAGCAACAGCCUUACUCGGACUACAUGCAACCACAGCGUCAACACCCUGUAGGAUUUUAUAGUAAUAACACAAACCAGGCGAAUCUCGGUGGUAUGCCGGUACACGUGCCCAAAUCAGUGACAUUCCCUUCAAGUGACAAACAAAUACAGCACCAGCGUGAUAGUCGAACACCGUCAGGACGACAGGAACAACAAUAUACACCUCCAGGGCAAUCUGAGAUGUCGAAACAUGUCCAUGCUAAACCAUUUCAACCUCCAACUAGUGGCCCUUCUGGAAGUGCUACCCACCAGAUUGCCCCGAACGUUCGCCAGGUACCAACAGUGUCAGGACAAAGUAAUGUAACACCUGCUUAUCACGUGAACAAUGCCGUGUUGUCCAUGCAGGCCACUGGUGCUACAGCAUUGCAAGGCAGCGUAUCGUCUAGCGAUCACACUGGGACAUCGCCGAUUGUAACACCAGCUCAUGCAUUACCAGUUUCCCGCUUGAGUUUCCACCAAUUCCCAGGUGCUGUGGGUUCGUUUCCACGUCAAGUUCAAGUUCCUGUACAGCAAUUAACACCAACCAACUACCCUGCUGGGCUCACCUACAGAACCACUGGCCCCAGCUACCCCACCACCACGAGUGUUGCCAACCAACCUGGCGUACUUGUACAUAAACCAGCAUCCAUGAUGAGGCAAUUAGUGACAGCUGGUCGCGGCGCACCAGUUCCUCACCGAAUGCCAGAACCAAUACAAAGACCCAACAAAGUCGGGUACCAUUUAAGUACCCUAAAAGAAAAGCAGUUGAAUCCGCAAACACGAUUAAAAACUGUUCAUCCGAUGCCAAGUCGAAGGGCUUUUAAUCCAGUCGGUGCUGCCCAACCCCAAAUAGCAGCGUACCAGUUUCAGGCCUUACCCAGACCUCAGCAACAAAUACAACCACAGCAGCACCAACAGCAACAAAUGUUCAGAAAUCAGCAACAUCAACAGAUGUUAAGCAACGUGCAACAAUUCUUCGCCGAAGAUAAAGAAAUCGAGCAUCAAAGAAAACAAAAACAAGCGAACCAAAAACGAGAACCAGUCGCUACCACAACAGCUAACAGCAGUGGCGACAAGCAGAAGAAACGAAGACAGCAGAUACCGGACAGAAGAAGCGUCCGUACUGCGCAAAUUCCCCCUCAAAACAGAGCAAAGCCAAGCGGCCCAAAACAAGAGCUUAUUCAGCAGCAAAUGGUAGCAGUCACUCCUCCCAAGAACGAGACAGAGAAAGUCCAGCCACGUUUGGAUCUAAAAACGGAGCAGGUUGAAAUAAAGAACUAA